AUGACGCGAAAUCCGGAAGUUUUCCAGACACGACACGGAUACGUGUCACUGCCGUUAUCACCACCCCAGGGUUGGAUUUGGUGCCAGUUGGGAGACUCUAUCGUAAGCCAAGGUCCCGCUGUUGUUAGAAGCAUUUGCUUCAGUUGGAGGUUGCUUAGCUUGAUUAUGGUAGAAUAUAUACCUUUGCAGCCAUACCCUGAAGAAGAAGGAGAAGUAGCGAGGGACAAGGGGAAUGGUGACCUUACAGAAUCGCAGCUGUUACUUAUAUUAUUGCGAUUAGGUGUCAUCAGCGAUGAAAUAUAUGUGUCUGGGGUGCUCCCCAUGCAAGAUUGGUCAAGAUCUACCCGAUUCAUGAUUGACAAGAUUGCGCAUCUUGGAAUUGGCCAGGCAAUUGAAAUUCUCAGAAACGCACUCGUGGAGCAUAAGGACGAUGUCAAUUUCCUCCGCGAGGACUACCGGUUGAUUGAGUCUUUAGUCAGCCAGAUCCCCACUAAAGACGAGGAAGACGAAGAGGACAAUGAUGUCGAGUUGAAAAGUGGAGUCGAGGAAAAGUUCAUUGACAGGUUCAAGAACAAGACGUAUCUCCACAUUGUCGACUGGCAACUACAAACACGACUAGAAGCGGCAUUGAUCCAUUUCCAUUCGCCCUACCCUGAAAUUCGAGCGAUAACAGACCCCUUUGAUGAUCCAAGCGUGCCAUGCGAGACCUUGCGCUGUUAUUUUAUCGGGUUUGCAUGGACAAUCAUUGGGUCCCUCGUCAACAGCUUCUUUGUGCAUCGAAUGCCAAACAUUAGUUUAAACUCCCACACCGUGCAGGUGUUGUUGCUACCCUCGGGUCGACUUUGGCAAAGGUUCAUGCCCAAUCGGCGAAUCAAAAUCGGGCCCUUUGUCGCAGACUUGAACCCGGGCCCAUGGACGGAAAAGGAAAUGAUGUUGAGCACGAUUAUUUACUCGUGCAGUGCUGGUGUCCCCUACCUGAUCUACAACAUCUUUGUCAUGAAACUAGACAGAUUCUACGGGUUGAAAUGGGUCACGUUGACGUUCCAAGUCUUGCUCACUGUUGGAACGCAAUUUCUUGGCUUUAGCUUUGCCAUGAUCAUGAAGAAAAUAUGCAUCUACCCUAGCCGUGCGCUUUGGCCGGGGAUCUUGCCUACCAUCGCGCUCAAUAAAGCCUUGUUGAGCCAGGACAAUACCACAGUAAACGGAUGGAGGAUAUCGCGGUUCAAGUUUUUUUUCGUGGUAACUUGUUGCAGCUUUUGCUGGUACUGGGUGCCCGGAUACUUAUUCCAAGCAUUGAGCAAUUUCAACUGGCCCACAUGGCUCAACCCCAAACUGGUUCACUUGACAAACGUCACGGGAAGCAACGUGGGUCUCGGGCUCAACCCUGUUCCAUCUUUCGAUUGGACGGUGCUAAACAGCGGCGGUGCUUUGACAAUUCCCUUCUUCACUUAUGCAAACAGAUACUUGGGGUCCAUGUUGGCAUUCAUGGUGAUUUUGAUAGUGUACUACACAAACAACAACUUCACUUCCUACUUCCCCAUCAACUCAAACCGCUUGUUCAACAACAAGGCAGAAACCUAUAAUGUCCAUGACAUUUUAAAUGAAAACAGCCAUUUCGACAAGGCAAAGUACCAAGAAAUAGGACCGCCAUACUUUUCCGCGGCAAACCUCGUGCUUUAUGGUGCCUAUUUCUGUCUAUACCCGUUUUCAAUCUUGUAUCAUCUCGUGACUGAGUGGAGCACCAUGCGGGCCAGUUUUGUCAGCAUGUGGAUGACAUUGGCAGAUGCAUUUAGGUGGAAAAAGAAUCAAAGCCAUAAUCACAAUAAUGACCGAUUUGGACGGUUUGCCGACGACCCGCAUUGCAAAAUGAUGGCUAACUACAAAGAGGUUCCCGACUUGUGGUUCAUCAUUAUCUUGGUAGUGAGCACUCUGUUUGCCAUGGCAGUGGUGCUAUUUUAUGAAGUCGAGACCCCAGUGUGGGGGAUCUUUUUCACCAUCGCCAUCAACUUUGUGUUUUUGGUGCCCAUCACCGCCAUUGCCUCAACGACGGGGUUUUCAUUUGGCUUGAACGUGUUGGUGGAGUUGAUUGUCGGCUACGCCAUCCCCAACUCGGGCAUAGCCUUGAUAACAUUGAAAGCGUUUGGGUUUGUGAUUGAUUCCCAAGCGAGUAACUACAUUACGGAUCAGAAACUAGCCCAUUAUGCCAAAGUGCCGCCGCGAGCUAUCUUCAAGGGACAAGUCAUCUCAACGUUGUUGAAUAUGGUUGUGUCACUAAGCGUGGCAAACUGGCAGCUUGCGCAUAUCCCUGACAUUUGCGACCGGCACCAAAAGGACAAACUUAGCUGUCCCGGCGCAAACACGUAUUUUUACUCGAGUGUCCAGUAUGGUGCCAUUGGCCCCGCCAAGGUGUUUGGCGGAGUAUACCCUGUUUUGAAAUGGUGCUUCUUGCUCGGCGUACUCCUUGUUAUCCCAUGCUACUGGUUUAAGUUCAAAGGACCACGGAGACUUGCAGCUUUUUUCCAACCAACAAUCAUUAUUGGCGGGUUCUUGGACUAUGCUCCCUACAACUUGUCAUACUUUACUGGUGGGCUUUACUUGUCGUACAUUUUCAUGUAUGAGAUAAAGAAGAACUACCUGUUGUGGUGGAACAAAUACAACUACAUCUUGACCAGUGCCUUGACGGCCGGUGUUGCAUUCAGUUCCUUGUUGAUCUUUUUCACUGUUCAGUACCACCCACAUAAAUUGAAAUGGUGGGGCAACAUGGUGAGUGAACAAGGCAUCGAAGGUGGCGAGCUAUCUGGAAUUUGGAAGGACGUUUCAACUGCUCCGGAAGGUUACAUUGGGAUAAGAAAAGGACAUUUUCCAUAG